CCGGGUAACUGAGUCAGUGUUACGCUAAACUGGCUUUGAGAAACCGAAAAACCUCAGUUUCCCCCAAUGGGUUUCACUCAACCUGCGUUCUGAAACGGGCCCCGGGUUGUAGAACUCUGCUCCUCCCUCAGAGAGCUACGCCCCCCGAGAUUCUUUUAUAGGACUUUCGGGAAUCCAUCCUCUCUCUUUGAACGAUCCACACAGAUCGCAUAAAAGGAAAACUGCAAAGACAUCGCAGAUUUUGCAUCGAUUUGUUUUUUUCUGCUGACAAUGCAUCUUCAUCGAGCAUCUAGCAUAUUGGGAGCAGCCCUGUUGGUUCUCAUGGCAGGCCUUCAGCAAAGGGUCUCAGCCACCCCUAAGGAGGUCUUUGAUAACAAUGGCACCAUGUUUGCAGCCUGUAAAAUGAGACCCAGCAGCACUCUAGCUGAAGGUCUGCCCAAAGUGUCCGGCCAGGUGCUAUUCAGGCAGGAAUACCCUCAGGAGGUACUCCAAGUCCUCCUCAGGUUCAACGGCUUCCCCAAAGUGGGUGAUUCAGAGCCAAGAGCGGUGCACAUCCAUCAGUACGGAGAUCUGAGCCAGGGCUGUGACUCCACUGGAGGACACUACAACCCAUUAGAAGUGCAUCACCCUAACCACCCUGGAGACUUUGGUAGUUUUGUGUCUCAGCAAGGGAAAAUCAGCACAAUGAUCGAGUCCAAGGCAACACUGUUUGGAGGGGAUUCUGUGAUUGGAAGAGCUGUGGUGAUCCAUGAAAAGAUCGAUGACAUGGGGAAUGGUGGAGACGCUGGGAGUCUGCUGCAUGGAAACGCAGGCCGGAGACUUGGCUGCUGUAUUAUUGGGAUCUCCUCCCCCAAUAUGUGGAAAAUGCAGCAUAAGCAGUACACCAGGAGUCUGAGGAAAAAUUGAUCCAACUACAGUGGCUCAGGUGAACUUAUCAAUGUAUGUAUGCAUUCAUUCAUUUGUUGUACCCAUAGAUCAAACAGAGAACUAGCAGGGUGCCAACAUUGCCGAUGUGAACAUGCUUGUAUGCUGAACCUGGAUUACAUCAAGUUUCCAUCUCUACUUUAACAGUAGCAUUUUACUUCAUUUCAGAUCCUGAUAGAAUUGGACAUUUCGACUCUAUACUUAAAAUGUUUUUUACCACUGACAAUAAGCCAUUAUCUGAAAGUCUUUAUUAUUCAGAAAUAAAUACAGUCUCUAUACAUUUCCCACACAUUCAAUACUUAAGAGCUCUGUAUUUUCUAUGAAAGUUGAUUUUUUUUUUCUCGCAAAAAAACAUUAAAAUAUCUGUGCUGGUAUGUUACAUGUUGUUGCUUCACAACAGAAACGAACUAGUACUGUACAUUUAUUUUCAAACCUUUUUGAUCAGCAGAUUCUGAGAACAUAUAUUAUAUAUUCCAAAUAUGUUUGGAAUCUGCCUGUCAAGGUAAUGAAAUUAUAAUUACGUGACAAAGUAAUAAUCAGGAAUAAGUAGUGUGUUUUUAUGCAGCAUUUUGUAAAGCCUUGAUUUUGUUUUGUUUUUAUAAUUAACAUGUGAAAGAAUGUGGAAGUGUCCAACAAAAAUAAAUCGUAUGUUUAAUGCAAUAAAAUAUAGCU